GCGGUCGUCGGCUGACGAGCUGCAAACUGCGCCGGCCGUGUCCUCUACCAUCACUCGUGAAGAUCGGUGCGGGCAUCGGAGACGGACAAAAUUCACGCCGUCGCGCUGCGAGUGAAACGACGCAAUGCUGCGGACUGUUCUGGUCGCGCGGAACGAACUGGGACGUGCAUCUAGCCGCUGCAAGCGUUUCGUCCGAGCAGCCAGCGUGCUGUGCUUGGAAAGGAGGGACGUAAAUCCCAGAAACCGGCUGAUUGCGCAGAGUUCUAGGAUCUUUCUGAAACCGAAGCAGCAGUUCAAGGAUGGCGUGGCGCGGCGGAUGUACAGCGCAGAUUUGCCCCGGCACCUACGGGUACAGCUGCCAGCACUUUCACCGACCAUGGAGAUGGGUACCAUCGUGAGCUGGGAAAAGAAGGAAGGUGACAAGCUGGGUGAAGGUGACCUGCUGUGCGAAAUUGAGACUGACAAGGCCACCAUGGGCUUUGAGACACCCGAAGAGGGAUACUUGGCCAAGGUCCUCAUCCCGGCCGGCACUAAGGACGUGCCUCUUGGGAAGCUCCUAUGCAUUCUGGUGUACAAUGAGGAGGAUGUUGCUGCUUUCAAGAACUUUGUGGACGAUGGUGCCGCGGCACCGUCCCCACCCAAAGCAGCAGCUGCACCUCCGCCUGCUGCUGCAGCUCCUACUCCAGCAGCGGCGCCUCCACCCAUUACGCCUUCACCUGCUGCGCCGGCGGCUGCUCCGGCGGCCGCUCCGACCACAGGCUUGGGCGGUCGCAUCUUUGCCAGCCCCCUUGCAAAACGACUUGCAGCAGAGCAGGGCAUUAGCCUGGGUCAAAUACCUGCUGGAAGUGGGCCAGGAGGAAGGAUCGUGGCUCAAGAUUUGGCUUCUGCCGCAGCCAUGCCGAGGGCGGCAGCAGCAGGGGGUGCCGCAGCCAAGUACGAGGACAUAUCGCUCACCAGCAUGCGUCAGACAAUUGCAAAGCGGUUGCUUCAGUCAAAGCAGACGAUACCACAUUACUACCUCAGUGUCGAUGUCAAGAUGGAUGCUGUCCUCAAGCUUCGUGCCGAGUUCAACAAGAUGAUGGAGAAGGACGGUGUCAAGAUCUCCGUGAAUGACUUUGUGAUCAAAGCAACUGCACUGGCAUCCAAGAAAGUACCAGCUGCCAACUCGUCCUGGCAGGACACCUUCAUCCGAGAGUACAAGUCUGUAGAUGUCAGCAUGGCAGUGAGCACUCCAGAAGGACUCAUCACACCCAUUGUUUUCGGAGCUGAGAAAAAGGGGCUGGCACAAAUCUGUCAAGAAACGAAGGCUCUGGCUGCGAAGGCACGGGAGAAGACGUUGCAGCCUCACGAGUUUCAGGGUGGCACCAUUACUGUGUCGAACCUGGGAAUGUUCGGUGUCAAGAACUUCUCAGCCAUCAUCAACCCCCCUCAGGCCUGCAUAUUAGCAGUUGGCAGCACUGAAGAUGCCCUUAUACCAGACGACGAAAGCAGUACAGGGUACAGGACGGCCAAGGUGAUGUCAGUGACUCUGAGCUGUGAUCACCGUGUAGUCGAUGGUGCUGUUGGUGCGCAGUGGCUCCAGCAUUUCAAGCACUUACUCGAGAGGCCACACCUGAUGUUGCUUUGAGCACACAUAAUUCAAAUGUGACAUUUCUUCUGUGUAAUUUAUGCCACGUAGGUAGAAGAAAAGAAACGUUGACAUCCUGCGACAUGCGCAUCUCUCUUCCACCACCCAUCCCUCGUCCUCUGCGGGCCCAGCUGAAACAGUGCGGCUAUAAGCUACCCAGGUGCCCGACAACCCAGAGAUUACGUUGCAGAGACUUAAGGAAAUUUUAUUCAAAUCCGGCAGCAACAGAAAACACCGUAGCACUGCGAGGAAACAUCAGCAAUGGAGCGAUUGGGCCGGCGUCUUCUGUAGGGAGACAAUAUGCGUGCAGGAAGGUGUUGAUGCCAGUAAUGAUAGAGUGAUUAAAAGACAAUUCUGUGAACCA